AUUCACUAUGUAGCCAUGAGGACUUCAGCUCUGCACAUUGAUUCUCACCCAUAAAAUACGGAAAACAAUCAUUUCUCUCUCUGGUCUUAUGCUGAACUUUUCUACUUAGACCACAGUCUUUUCCUGGCAAAAUUACCUGUUGCUAUUGGUAUUUAGUAUACAGAGUCUUGUCCAGGAACUGAUGUGAAAGAAACAGAUAUUCUGGUUUUAUAGCUAUGCCUGGUUUCCAAACCACUGGUAGCAUAUUUUUCCAUCUCACUCUUAUUAAACACAAGUAUUUUAAACAGAAACAGGAGGACACUACUUCUUGCUACAGUACCUUUGCUACAGCAGGCAAUGUGGGGAAGAAAAGCUGUUAAACUGAUAAGGGAUAGGAAAAGAGACCUUGACAAGCAGGCAAGAGAUUAUUCAUUCCUGUGAAGGAAGGUGCACAGAUCUACCAGCUGCAACCACAACACCAAUGAACAGGAUGCUGAACAGGAAACUGAAUUGAGUAGCUCUGUCAAGCCCCUGUCAGAAUGACUCACCACUUUAAAAAGCCACAGGGGACAUGAUGACACCAACCUCAACUGGCAAAAUCUAUGAUUCACAACACUGGAACCUUUCACAGUUUGUGGUUGCAAAGGCUUCAAAUGGUUUUCUGCGUGGGUACAGAUGGCUGCAUGCUUUGGACAAAACAGCACUAGGUGUGCACUUCAUCAGCCUUGCACGGAGAGCUGCAUUCCCCUGGACAUUUGACCAUGCCAUCCAGCCAGGAUCUGUCGCGAGUAAAGCAGUUACCGUGCGUAACACACCGGACGAAAUACUUGUACAGAGCGGCAGCCCUCCUGGUGUGUUCUCAAAUAUCUGGUUCUGGCGAGGUGUUGCUGGAAUCCUCGUUGCUGCUGUCAUUUUGAUUUUGUGUAUUCACUUUGUAAACCGUUCUUCAGACAAAGAUAUUCCUGCUUGUCCGUCCCUGGAACUCUGUCCAUCAGAUUGGCUAUAUUUCCAGAAGAAAUGCUACUACCUCUCAGAGAGUGAAGCCAGCUGGAACUCUAGUCAGAACUUCUGCUCAUUGCACAAUGCUUCCCUCCUUGUGAUCGAAAAUCUUCAGGAACUGAGUUUUAUGGUGAAGAUAACAAAGCAAGACCCGUGGAUUGGACUCUAUAAAAUAAAUGAAGAAUUCUUUUGGGUAAAUGGGAGCACAUUAGAUAACAAGCUGAUUGAAGUAAAAGGCUCUGGAAACUGCGCCUACCUUGAGUCAAAAGGAGUCUCGGCCUCUGGAUGUUAUUUAACCAGGAAGUGGGUCUGUAGCUUGAGUACUAGCUUAGUGUGACAAUGGUGGGCGAAGUCACCACCUCUGACACCUAGAGCUCUGAUAUAUCUGCACAGUAUAUAUGUAUACUUUGGGACCUGGGAAUGCAUUUCAGCUCUUGCCUGGAAGUGAACGUGUUUUGUCGUAGCCGGGACUUUCUGCCCAUGGAGCAGGCUUCUGUUUUUUCACAAUGUCAUUUCAAUGUCUUUUCUCAGGGUCUUGAUAAAUUUUCUUGCCCCAUUUUUCUAGCUACUAAGCUACUGCUCAGCCUGUAGUUUCUUUUGUGUCAUCAGUAUUUCUUCCAUGAUUUCUUGUCUUGUAGGAUCCUAAGCAGCUGUUCUUUUCUUUUUGGUGUGUCAUUGGAGGUAUUUGUUCUGCUUUUCCCUUAUCCAAGCUCUGUGUAUAGGCAUGGUGUUAUACAAAGUGAAGUGGCUCUGCCUAAAGGUUUCUGUGUCUCCCAGAUACAGGGUGAUCCAGAAAUGAGCACUUUGGUUUUAGACAUGAGCAUUGUGGACUUUAUUCUCCCAGUUUGAUGGGGUGCCUCUUGUGUGUCUCUGCAUUGCAUUCAUUGUUUGUUGUAAUUGUUAUUUUGCAUUAAUUUUGUUUAAUUUGCUUGGUAGUAAUAUUGAAAUUCGUAUAGCUGCUUUCCUGAAGCUCUCCUUCCUGCAGCACCCAUCUUAGCGGAAAAAAAAAAAAGAGAGAGAGAGAGAAAAAAGUUAGAGUAUUAAUUUAUCUGAGGAUUUGUACAAAUGGGGAGGAAAAGUUCAAACUGCAAAAGUAAGGGUCCAAGUAUUAAUAUAGUAAAAUUAGAAAUAUCCCUAGUGCAAAUGGGAAAAUCUUGAGAAUAAGAGAAUUAAUAGUAAAGGAUGUGCCUUCAUGAUUUCCUCAUGUCUUGUGCCUAUCUGAGUUUGAGGAAUCUAAACAAGUGGUCAAUUUCUGGAUAGACAAUCAGUGUUUUGUUCUGUGUGCAUAUCAUUUUCAAUAGCAACAUACAGUGCUGUUGAAUGGCUAUCAGUCUAAACAGAAUGAGGGCACAAUCCCACUGAACUCUGUCCGUUCAUGUCUACAAGGUAAACUGAAGAUGGGAAGUGACAUUGAACUAGAGGAAGCAAAUCAGCUUGUUUUCAUGGAGGGACUAUUUGUAAUGGUUUUCUAGACAAGGAUCAGGAAUUCUCAUGUAUAACAGGGCAAAAUACUUCUUGCUCAGAAUAAAAUCUGGAAACAAUGGACUUUGUUUACUAAGAUUCCCUCUCCUUUAGGCAGCUCUGGCAGUAUACCUAGUACAGAAUGCCCCUGGCCAUAGAGGUUGUCCAUGUAUUUUGUUAGGAAAUAAGGGGGGUGACCUCUCAUCAGGUGGAAAUCAGUGUUGCUCAAUUGAUUCAAGUGUAAAUAUGCUACUCUGCAGAAGUGUAGGAUCUGCUGCAGUAUUGCAAUGCCCUUCUGCCACCUCUUCAGGCAUGCAUAGUUGACUUUUGUGAUGUGGUAUGCCACAGACUACAUGGGAUUUCUUAAAGAAGCAAGUGGAAUAACUUUUUGAGUAGCCACUAGAGUGCACUGUAGUUUCAGGGAAGGAAAGAUAAUUAUGUUUCUUUCAUUAUCAAGAGUGUAAAAUUGCACUAAAAGUUUUUUUUUGCAGUAUUAUAUUUUGUCCUAUUUCUAAUUAUUUUUUGCCUUCACUGUAUUUUUAUGAAAAUUUAAUUGUCUAUUUUUGUUAAUUGUUUUGUUUAUGCCUUCAUUAUUUUCUGUGACAGUAGGACUGUACUGUAACAGGAUUUUGUGGUACAGAUAUUGUUAAAAACUUGUGUCUUCUAGAUGUGAAUUUAUAUAUGGUCAUAAUUUUUCUGGACUACACUUUUUUAAUUGCAUGUGUUCUUUAUAAGCACAGUAACAGGACUCUACUGUAGCCAUAAUAAUGUAGCCAUAAUAUUCUAUGUGUUAAUUUAUACGUUACUUGUUUGUUUGUUUGUUUCCCUGCAAUGUUUUUAAAUUAACUAGCUCUGAAGGGUAUGGUAACGUGCAAUAGUCCUGAAAAGAUACUUAAUAAAUAUCUUUACAGAGCUUUUGAA